ACCAAUUGCUGCCGACAGUGGGAUUCAAGGUGGAUUUGUCAAAAUUUAAACAACAUUGAAUUUAUUGAACGAAUAUGUCACCGUUUCAGGCGAUGAUUUACACUCCCACGGACUAUCCUUAUCGAGCCAGUGGUAGCAACCGAGAUGGUCUAGUCAUGCCAGGAACAGAAACUUUUAUUUCUUUAGGAGGAUCGAUGUCCGAUACCACAGAAGAUUUUCGAAGUUUGAAACUGGAGCGUCGCAAUUGUGAUGUUCAAUAUGAAUAUUAUGAAUAUUCAUACAGCGAAUGUAUCACAUCUUGCAAAAUACAAGACAUUGCAGAAAAAUGUGGAUGUAUUCCGUUUUAUUAUCCGGUACCAGCGAAUCUGGAUCAUCUUGCCAGGUGCAACAUGACCGAUCUGCGUUGCCUGAAUCAUUAUAGAAGUCGAUGGCACACUCUGGUGCCGCAGAUCCAGGAUGGAGGUCAUCCUGUCCAGGCUUUCAUGGAUUUUCCUGAAGGACUUCUGCAGUGCGAUUGCUACCCAUCCUGUACCAGCACCGAUUACACCAUCUUCAAAACAUUCGUAUCGAAAAAUGGUUAUCCAUAUAUUAUCUGGGAAUCGUGAGCAUUCAGACUUUCAGAAAAUAUUUUAAAUUCUCUUGUCGAACGGAUUUUAAUUGUCAUCAGGCCUGAGGACAUUAUGAACUCAACCCAUGAAUAUUCCAUUUUGAACGUGAAUUUCGGACGCACUCCAAUAAUGAAACUUACACAAGAUGUACCGACUUCUUGGUUCGAAUUGAUGAGUGACUACGGCGGGAUCUGCAGGAUUUUUUUAGGGUUCAGCAUCAUGCGGGGAAUUGAUAAAUGCUAUCAAUUUUUGCGUGAUAUUUUUAAAAAGGAAAAAUCGGCUAAAAUGGAUUCGAGGAAAAUUGCACUAGUGGGUGAACUAAAAUUAUUUUAUAAAGGAUAAAGAAUUAAGGGCUUCGACAAUUACAAUUACGACAAUUACGAUGAUACAAUUAUCGAGUUGAUAACGUCGAGACAUGUGAUUCAU